UUUCGGUUUGCUUACUAAAACAUAAGUUGCUCGUUUUCGGAAAAUCUUUCAUAUAAAAGUGAAAAUGAAAGUAACCAUAAUUCCUAGCAAUGGAUAAGAAAAAGACCAAAUGUGACAGCUGUGGAGUACGUUUUUCUUAUAACAAGACUGAGGGUUAUGCAGUCGUGUUUAAGAGCUGUAAACACACAUUGUGUUCGAGAUGCUACACAGACUUGACAAAGACGGUUGACGGUGUUGAAUGUUCUAGAUCAUGUCGGAAAAAAUCAUCUUAUCCAGAUUUACUAAAGAUAAACUGUGCCAGUGGGAAGAUAUGCUGCAUGGUUUGUAAUGACUGUCUGGAAGGAUGGUGUAAGGAAUUCGACUGCCAUCAUCCUGUUUGCAAUAAUUGCUCACAAAUGCCUCGGUCAUGUAAGCUUUGCCCACAGCCAAGCGAACAGACGUGUAAAAGACCCGUUUUCAUCAAAGACCAGUCGAUAACCAGAGAACGUUUUGCUACUGAUAUUGAUGAGGAUGUACGCUGUCAAGAUUGCAAGCAACAAAAGGGUGAGAUCAAGCUUUGUCUGUGUGACCAUGUCGUGUGUCGUUCCUGUCUAGCCAAAGCGGAAAAACACGAAUUAUCAGUGGAGUGCCCGCUAUCAUCAUUAUGUCGAAUGCGAUAUCCGUUAGAUGUUCUAAAGAGUCCUAAGACAAAGGAGAGGGACACCUCGCCACCAUUUGGAAUGCCGUCUGUGGGUUUGACCUGUUAUGCAAGCUGCAUCCUUCAGGUAUUAAGUAGCACCCCAUCUUUUGUCACGUUACUCGCUCAAAAUGCACCAAAAAAGGAGUCCUUUUCAGAUCUUUUACUGGCCAUAUUGAAGAACAGAUCUGAAGUCAAGGACAAGGAACAAGACAUCAUCCACCUCCUGGUGUUCUUGGAGUCCAUUGAUGGAACAUUUGAUAGAUUCAGUCAAAACGAUUGUGCUUCUUUUCUUCAUGUUUUGCUGGAUGCACUAGACAGGGAUGAGCAAACACAAGGUGAUUUUGACGUUUUUUUCGUUGACAUGAUUGACGAAAUAGAAUGCAGCACCUGUAUGUGUAAGGAACAUGCUGAUUUCCAGCGAGUUUUGGGCAUCCAAUUAAGAACCAACAUGUCCGAGAAUCUGGACAAAGACAAUUUAUCCGAAGAGAUUUUUGAGAAGGGAUCACUUAAGUGCUUCAAAUGUCAGAGUAACGAGAAGCUGGUGAAGAAAACUAAGAUGUUAAGCUGUCCUCCAGUGUUGGUGUUUCAAAUUCAACGUAUUGUGGAGACAGGAAAAGGUUUCUUUAAAAGAACAGACCCUGUUGAAUUUAGUUUUGAUCUAAAAGUGGUAGGCCGUGAAGAUGAGAAACGUGUAGAGGUAGAUUACAAGUUGUAUGCGGCUGUUUAUCAUAGCGGUGACUUGGAGGCGGGCCACUACUACAGCGCCGUGAGGCGUGGGUCUGACUGGUACAUCUGUGAUAAUGAACACAUCUGGAAGUGUAGGGAUGCAAAAGAAGUGCUCAAAUUUGAAGACGCAUAUAUGCUAUUUUACGAACAGAACUGAACUUAAUUUGUUUCACA